AUGGCCCCGUCGGGGACCGCCAGGGCAUCCCCCGACGGGAGCCGGCAAAGGCCGGGCCGGUCCUGCCGAGUGUCGGCGGCCGGAACUGUGUCGCGACAGAGAGCGGGGGGGUCCGGGAUGGUUCCCGUUCUCCAGAAACGAGGGGGGAAGAAGCGGCAGGAGAGACCCGGCCCCGCUGCCGCGACGGCAGGACCGGCCCGGGCGGGGAGCGGCGGGGACGGAGCCCGUUCCCGGGGUGAGAAGGGCUGCAAAGGUGGGUUCCAGAUGCUUCCCGGAGCCUGCCGGGCCCCCCCCAAAGCCCCCGGGGAUUUGGGGUGCCCGCUGGCAGCACCCCUGGGUGCCCUGCGGGACCACGGGGUCCCCGAGCUCCCCGAGCCCCUGGGCAAGAGCAAGAGCAAGAAGCGGAGGAACAGGACGACCUUCAGCACGUUCCAGCUGGAGGAGCUGGAGAAGGUUUUCCAGAAGACACAUUAUCCCGAUGUCUACGCCCGGGAGCAGCUGGCGCUGCGGACAGACCUGACAGAGGCCCGGGUGCAGGUCUGGUUCCAGAACCGUCGGGCCAAGUGGCGGAAACGGGAACGUUACGGGAAAAUCCAGGAGCUGCAGAACAACCUGUGGCCGAGCCCUGCGAGCCCCCCGGGGCUCCUGCCCGCCGAGCCCCUCCCGUCCCCCUGCCUGGCCCCGUAUCCCCCCCCCGCCCACAGCAACGCCUUCGUGGCCCUUCCCGCCUCCCCCGGCGCCCCCCCCGCCAUCAACGGCCUCUAUUCCCUGCACGGGCUGCCCCCCCCGGCCCUGGCCCCACACCCCUUCGAGCCCCCCCCCCAGCACGACUACAAGGCGCCCGCGCUGAUGCCGCUGAGGAUGAAGAGCAAAGAGGGGCCCGGGAACCUGCUGGGCUGGGCCACAUGAUCCCCCCGGGGGGAGGGACACGGACCCCCCACCCCCUCCAGCGCCAGGAUUUGGGAGCAGGGCGGUGGGAUCACCUUCUUCCCCUUCCUGCA